UCCGUCGCGUCGCCCGCCGCCAUCUUUGUUGAUGUGUCAGGCGGCCGGGCUGCGCGGCCAUGGGGCGGUUGGCGUGUUCUCUGUCCGCCUCGUAGCGAACGGUGAGCGCCCUGCGCGGGGCGGGCCGCGGCGGAGAGGCGGAUUCUUCAGGAAUAUGAUGGAGGAGUAUUCACCAGGAAUGCAGAGCACGCUGGAGCCGCUCGGUCUGUCAGAGGAGGCCUCUUACCAGUCAUCAAGUAGCAAGAAGUCGGGUGACACAGCUGGAAUGAAGGGCUGCUCAAGCAUCAGUUGCACUGGAGAUGAUGCUGGUGUUUUGGGAGCAGAACCGAGGUUGUUGUCCUCAGACCAGGAUUCAGCAGCUGCUGACACGAGUGGUGGUGGAGGCCCGACGGAAAGGCAGGAGCAGCAGUGUGCUGCUCUUGACCACAGAGAAGGGCAAGCCUGUAGUGCCAAUACCUGCUCUGAAAGAAGGGUGGAAGGCUCCAUGGAAACAGGGUCCUUUUCUAGUGAAGAAUUUGGACGAGAUCCAAAAACUAAUCAGACAGAACAAUCAUUAAUAGAACUACUGCAGGAGCUGAGGGAGGAGUCGGACUUUGUGAGAAAAUCUAGUGAUAAAAUCUAUUCGGAAAGCCCUUAUGACACAGACUGCACAAAGAAGCUUAUUUCCACAAUACAACAGACUUCUUCACAGGAGGAUUUGCUGAAGGAAAUAGAAUCUGAACUCUUAUCUACGGAGUUUUCCAAAGAAUGCAAAUGCCCAAAUGGUGUGAGGAAGGGUGAACAUGCCUUGGCUGUGUUUGAUAAAUGCGUGCAAGAUAAAUACCUGCAGCAGGAGCAAACUAUAAAAAAACUGAUGAAAGAAAAUAAAAAACAUCAGGAACUGAUUUUAGAAAUCUGCUCAGAGAAGGACAACUUGAAGGACGAAUUGAAAAAACGGACAGAAACAGAAAAGCAGCACCUUAACAUUAUUAAACAGCUAGAAGCAAGAAUAGAAGAGCUUAAUAAAGAAGUGAAAGCUAAUAAAGACAAACUUGUAGCUCAAGAUGCAGCAGCCAAAAAUGCUAUUCAGCAGUUGCAUAAAGAGAUGGCCUUUCGAAUGGAGCAGGCAAAUAAGAAAUGUGAAGAAGCACGCCAUGAGAAGGAAACAAUGGUGAUGAAAUACGUCCGAGGGGAAAAGGAGUCACUUGACCUCCGAAAGGAAAAGGAGAUACUUGAGAGAAGAGUGAGAGAUGCAAACAAAGAAAUUGAAAAGCACACUAAUAAGAUUAAGCAGCUUUCUCAGGAAAAAGGAAGAUUGCACCAGCUCUUUGAAACUAAGGAUGCUGAAGUCACUCGACUCAACAAAGACAUUGAAAAAUUGAAAGAGGAAAUCAAUUCUCACGUUAUCAAAGUAAAAUGGGCUCAGAACAAAUUAAAAACAGAAAUGGAUUCUCAUAAGGAAUCCAAAGAGCGCCUCAAAGAUGCAACAACAAAGUUGACUCAAGCAAAAGAAGAAGCAGAUCAGAUAAGGAAAAAUUGUCAAGAAAUGAUAAAAACUUAUCAAGAAUCAGAAGAAAUUAGAUCGAAUGAAUUGGAUGCAAAAUUCAAAGUAACUAAAGGAGAACUAGAGAAACAAGUGCAGGAGAAAUCUGACCACUUGGAGGUGCCUCAUGCAAAAAUAAAGGAACUGGAAGACUUGAAGAGAACGUUUAAAGAAGGCAUGGAUGAGCUUCGAACUCUGAGAACAAAGGUAAAGUGUCUAGAGGAUGAGCGUUUAAGAACAGAAGAUGAAUUAUCCAAGUAUAAAGAAAUCAUUAACAGACAGAAAACUGAAAUUCAGAGUUUACUGGACAGAGUUAAAACUGUAGAUCGUCUGCAGGAUCAACAUCACAGAGAUGAACAAGAUAUCAGUGCUUUAAAGGAAGAAGUAGAUGGUCUCAAUUCUCUUAUUGCUGAUCUCCAGAAGGACAUUGAAGGUAGUCGGAAAAGAGAAUCUGAGCUAUUGAUAUUCACUGAAAAAUUAACCAGUAAGAAUGCACAGCUUCAGUCUGAAAACAAUUCCUUGCAGAGCCAAUUGGAUAAGCUUUCUUACAGCGAAAGAGAGCUGCAGAAUCAGCUGGAAUGUGUUCAGCAGGCUAAAGAUGAUUUGACCACCAAGUUGCAGAAGGAGGAGGAUCAACGAAAGCUAGAAGUUGAGAUGCUACAGGCUCAGCUAGCUUCAGAGCAGAAAGAACUCACAGCACUGAAGACCCAUGUGGAUGAACUGAAAGAUGAAUUGACUACACAGAAGCGCAAGCAUGCAGCAAAUCUGAAAGAUCUCACAAAACAGCUUCAGCUAGCACGGAGGAAAUUGGAUCAGAUUGAAAAUGGUAAUUAUGACAAAGAAGUCAGCAGCAUGGGGAGCCGUUCCAGUUCAUCAGGGUCCCUUAAUGCACGCAGCGGCAAUGAGGAUCGGUCUCCAGAGAAUACUGGAUCUUCAGUGGCUGUGGAUAGCUUCCCAGAGGUGGACAAGUCUGUCCUGGUCGAAAGAAUUCUGAGGCUACAGAAAGCACAUGCUCGAAAAAAUGAGAAGAUGGAGUUUAUGGAGGAUCACAUUAAACACCUAGUGGAGGAAAUCAGGAAAAAAACCAAAAUUAUUCAGAGUUACAUUUUGCGGGAAGAAGCUGGCGCACUGUCCUCAGAGGCAUCUGACUUCAACAAAGUACACUUGAGUAGGCGGGGAGGAAUUAUGGCAUCUCUGUAUACAUCUCAUCCUGCAGAUAGUGGUCUCACGUUAGAACUUUCCUUAGAGAUAAACAGAAAGCUGCAAGCUGUGUUAGAAGAUACAUUACUGAAGAAUAUUACACUAAAAGAAAACCUUCAAACCCUAGGAACAGAAAUAGAACGGCUUAUUAAACACAAGCAUGAACUGGAACAGAAAAUCAAACAGACAUAACUAAAGCUUCUGUGGAAUAACUGGCGUGAAGAUGCAGAAAAGGCAGGUGCUACAGACCACUAUUUUUUAACGUUUUUCCUGAAAUUUGAUUGCCUGCCAGCACAAGCAGUAUUUUGUGUACGCAGCCUUUAGUCAUGCAGGCUGUCCUUACUUUGAGAGAUCUGCAAGCAUCUGUGUAGUUCUGUCUACUCAGUACCAGCCUGAGGUGUUGCUGAGUUUUACUGACACUAUGUUGAUCUAAAACUUCCAUUUGGAAUGACAUACAGAUGCUUCGCAGUGCAUACUGUGUUUUGAGUGAGUUGCAGUGAGACUUUCAUUUCUGCUGUGUAAUUAAUCAGUCUCUUAAUGAUGGAGCUUGAAAAAUAAACCAAUUAUGUUUUAAA